GAUUAGUAAAUUUUGGAUAAAUUUUGUCAUGUUUAUGAUAUGCGAUUUUGAUAUUCGGAUCUUUAUCGUGGAAGCGGAAUAUCCUAAAUUUUUAUUUGAUGAAAACAUAAUGAUAACCUAUUCAGGAGGCAACAAACAUUACCACCCAAUCUACCUAGAUGCCAAAUCCAAAAAUCUUUAUGUAGGAUCAAUGAACUCCAUUCUGAAGUUGAACUUGUAUAAUAUUUCCGACAUAUCCUCAAAGUUUUCUCAAAUAACUAUUCUUCCACUCAAACAAGAUGUUGAUAUUUGUAUUUCGAAAUUCGGGCUAGACAAUCAGGCAUAUGACUGUCAAAAUCAUUUUCGAGUUAUCCAGAAGAUGUCGGAUGGAAAAAUAUAUGCGUGUUCAACGGGUUCUCAUUCGCCAAAAGAUUAUUUAUUUUCGACAAAUUUAGAUAAUUAUACCAACUAUCCACCAGAUGGGAUAGGAAUAGGAAAAUGCCCAUAUGAUCCUAGGAGUUCCCACGCAUACAUUUUAUCAGAAAAAAAUAAUCCGCUCAAUCAAGCCAUGAUAUAUUCGGGAACUUAUAGAGACAUAGAUAAAUUAGACGCUUUCAUUUAUCGACCGCCCAUUUACGAUGAAUCCGGACAGAAACAGAUAUCCUCCUUCAUGAGAACCGCAUCUCAAAGUCUUAAAGUGUUGAAUGAACCACAAUUCAUUAAAGCUAUAGAAGUCGACAACUGUGUCUAUUUCUUUUUCAAUGAAAUCGCAGUCGAAUAUAACUCAUGCUUUGAUUCCAUUAUUCCCAGAGUCGCGAGAAUAUGCAAAAAAGAUAGAGGUGGCCUGAGUGUCUCUACCAAUUUUUGGGCUACCUAUAUCAAGGCCAGGUUAAAUUGCUCUCAUACCUCGAAUCAAAAAUCUUUCAAACAAACCAUAUACUUUAAUAAAUUGCGAGACAUUUUCACGAUUAAAAAUAGCGAAUCUCAACAUCGGUUUUAUGCGCUUUUCACGGCAUUCAAUGGUGAUAAAAUUGGUUCGGCUAUUUGUCUAUUCAAUAUCUUUGACGUUGAUGAAGCAUUAAAAAGUAAUUUCAUAAGACGACCUCAUACAUUCUCAUCUUGGGAUCAAGUUCCAUCCACAGAGAUUCCUGAGAUCAUUUCAAACAACCGAGAGUGUUCAAAUAAAACGGACACCCUAUCUUGGAACGAGGAGGCAAUUUAUUUUAUGAACGAGCAUCCUAUGGUGCAAAACUCUGUCAAUCAAGAAAACCAUGAACCCAUAUUUUUCCAUAAUAACCUUGAAUUGAAGAAAAUAAUAGUGGAUCAAAUCGUUGGGUUUGACAAAGCACAUCCUUAUUACGUUAUAUUUGCUAUUUCAGUUAGAGGUGACAUGUAUAAAAUAACUUACUGGUACGAUGCAAAUGGUAGAUAUUCAUCUCAGAUUGUCUCGUCAUACCAGAUUAUUACCAAUUCCAAUAUUAAUUCAAUCGACCUAUUACCGGGAAAGUAUAUUUAUGUUACGAUGAAUAAUUCGAUAAACCAAAUCUCACUCGCAUUGUGCGAAAAAUACGAGCUUUGCUCUCAAUGUAUACGGGACCCUUAUUGCGGGUGGGAUAAAUAUGCUGGAUCUUGCAAAAAAUGGGACAGUUCGAAAUCAUCAAAAUUAUUACAAUCGGUAAGAACGAAGAAUGAUGGAUUAUGCGUUACAAAUGAAAAAGUAGCGAGAUUUAAAGUCAGUAAUAUCAUGACAAUCCCAGGCAGUUCCGUGCAUAUGAAAUGCAAAUUUCCAUCUUAUUUAACGAACCACGACAUCAAAGACCAAAUUAACUGGUUCUACAAUAACAAUAUCAUUCCUUAUGACAACACGCUUAUUCUAACGAACGAUAUGGGACUUAUUUUACUUGGUUUAAACAUUUCCAACGCGGGAAGUUAUAGUUGCAAAUAUGGUCAACAAAUUUUAAGCAAAUAUGACUUAAAUAUAAACAACGAAGUUUGUUCGAUACCUCAAACCAAGGAAAAGUACAAUGAGAAAUAUAAUGAAUGGUGUAGAGAAUUCGAAAACUAUAAACGAGAAUUCUAUGACUGGCAAAAGAAAAAAAAGGAAUGUAUUUUUACGAAUAGCAUUUCAUAGUUGAUUUGAAAAGAAAAAAAUAAACUUCUUUUUUCUUUCAUAUUUAUUAAAUUUACCAAAAUUUACAGAUAACACUUUGCGUGCAAUUCUUUUUUAUA